CUUCUCUCCUUUCUCCUAUCACCAUGGAAUCAUCCGUCUUUCUGCUUCUCCUUAGCAUUUCCGCUGUACUCGCUGGUGAGUCUAAAGUAAUCACAAAACGAGGUAUCGGUCAUGGAGGAGUAGGCAUCGGUGGUGGUCUUGGAGGAGGUUUCGGCGGCGGUUAUGGAGGUGGUUUUGGUGGUGGAUUUGGUGGUGGUUUUGGCGGUGGCCUAGGAGGCGGAAAUACGGUCAUCACAAAUUCCGUUCCUGUGGCAGUACCAGUUCCAGUACCUCAGCCAGUCGUCGUUCCAAAACCGGUGCCAGUGGAAGUCGUUAAGAAAGUUCCAGUUCCAGUUGCCGUAGGAGGUGGACACGGAGGUGGAUUUGGUGGAGGAUUUGGAGGUGGAAUCGGCGGAGGACACGGCUUGGGCGGUGGAUUUGGAGGCGGCUCCGGAGGUGGCUUCGGAGGAGGCUUCGGAGGUGGCUUCGGAGGUGGCUUCGGAGGUGGCUUCGGAGGUGGCUUCGGAGGUGGCUUCGGAGGUGGCUUCGGAGGUGGAGCCUCCAGCACAAUUGUCCACACCGUUCCGGUCCCGGUUAAAGUUCCAGUACCGCAUCCUGUCAUCGUCUCUAAGCCAGUUCCAGUUCCAGUUGUCAAAAAAAUAGCUGUACCAGUGCCAAUAAGUACAGGUCACGGAGGAUGGAGUGGUGGCUGGUGGUAAAUUCACCAGUUUUACCAAAAAAAAUUGUUAUGUUGCAUUUAAAAUUGUUAUAAAUAUUUAGUUUUUUAAUAAUAAAAUUUAAUAAUGA